AUCGGAAGGGCACACGAUUCAACGGGGAGUAAGACGCUCACCGUAAUGGCGCAACAUUAAAUAUAUCCUUGACACUAUAUCCCACCAUGGCGAACUGUAGGUACCGAAAGAUUUCGUGUGGCUCGUCGUUUGUCCGCCAAGUAUAAAAGUACCGAUUGUCACGGACUGUAGCAUUCGUAUUUCAGUUCAGACGCGAAAGUCAUCGCAGAAUCUUCAACCCGUACAGCAAAAUGGCAGCUAAGCUAUUCGUAAUCGCCUGCAUGUUGGCCGCGGCCAACGCCGGCUACAUCGGAGCCUUGCCUUCCGCUCUGCAGUAUCAGAUCGCGCCGAUAGCGCAUAUUCAACCCCAUGCCAUCACGUCAACGUCCGACAACAUUCUACGCAGUCAUGGUAAUCUGGCGCAGGUGGCAACGCAAACCAAGACCAUCGAUACGCCCUUCUCUAGCUCAAGCAAGGCAGACAUCCGUGUGACUAACCCGGCUGUCACCACCUACGCUCAUCUUGCUCAUCCAGCCCCGUUGACAUACGCCGCGGCCGCUGUACCGGCCCUAUCGGCUAUACGCCCGGCCGCUCUUGGAGUCGCUUACUCGCCGGCCGUCGAGGUAUCUCACAUGAGCUACAGCAGCCCGAUCGGAAUCGCCUAUGCCUAUUAAAUCGAUCGUAUUCAUAUUAUCCGCGACUUUAUACGAUACAUAUUAUAUUUAUUCGGAAAUCCUCGGCGCCUGUAACUGCUUUUGUACGUGGCAAAUUAAUGACACUACAAUAUAAGUAGUUAUGCAAUAAAAAUUGUAU